GAGAGGAGAAGAGACCGAGAGAGACUUCAGCUUCAGACAUCCGUAAUCGUUCUAUAAACAUAGAGUGUCGGUAAGCUAGCAGAAAUGACUGCCUCGAUCUGGAUAUCUUUAUUUGUUAUACUGCUCAGCAGUGACUACAUGAAAACAGCCGUUACAGAACAAAUAUUGAUAGACACCAGCAAACUCAAUUUGAAAUGUACUUGCACCAUCGACAACACAGCCCCAGGACCUGGCACAACCUCGGGGCCUGGCACAACCACCGGGCCUGACGCAACUCCCGGACCUGGCACGACCAUCAGGCUUGAUACCACCUCCGGAACUGGCACAACCUCCGGCCCGCGAGUAGCCGACAGCUGCGAUGACGUCACCGACAGCGUCCAAUCCAAAGUCAUCGUCCAGCUACCGAACGGACUUGAAGUCAUGUGUGACACUGAGACUGACGGAGGAGGCUGGACAGUCAUCCAGAGAAGACACAACGGGAUGCUGAACUUCUACCGCGGAUGGGAAGACUACAAGCAUGGAUUCGGCGACUAUUCCAACGGAGAAUUUUAUCUCGGGAACGAGAUGAUCCAUCGCUUGACGGCUAACGGAACUUACGAGCUAAGAAUCGAUAUUGAUUACAAGCAAGGACGAUUCCACGCCCAGUAUUCCAGAUUUAGCUUAUCCGGAGAGUCUGAGGGCUACAAAUUACAAUACAGCGGCUAUUCCGGGAAUGCUGGCGACAGUCUGGCUCACCAGAACAACAAUAAGUUUUCCACCUUUGAUAAAGAUUUGGAUAACUACAGUAUAGGCAACUGCGCAGUGCUGUAUAGAGGCGGUUGGUGGUACAACGCUUGCCAUGACUCCAAUCUUAACGGAGUCUGGGGCAGCAAGGACUACGGCAAGGGAGUGAACUGGAUGUCAGUCACUACAUUGAACGACUCGGCUUCAAGAACUGAGAUCAAGAUUAGAAAAGCUCGAAAAUAAAGACAAAAUAAAAACUAAAGCCAAACAGAGGCUUAUAUAUUUACAUAUAGUGUACAACACACAUCAUUAUUUUCUGUUCAUUGAAUACUUUUUGAUCAUCUAUACACAGAACAUUGAUUUAUUUACGUAGUAGCUAAACAAAUAAGAAUACCAUAUAUAUAUUUAUUUUUUUAUAUUUUGUACAAGAACUAUCAUAUCUCUGGUGUGUAGAUGUGUACAUUGAAUGACUAUAUUUCUGGGAAACUGCGUUUGUAUUUAUGUAUAGAAAUAUAUUUUAUUGUAUAUAGUUUUUUUUAAUGAAAAAAAAAUUGUAUAAAUGUGAAAAUAAUAUAAUAAAUCUAUAAUAAUUUCUGUUGUAUAAUAUAUGUUUGCUCCUAGACUGGCUGCCAGGGAAAGGCUAUAGUGCCCAGUAGGUCACAGCUGGGGAUGCUUAGCCACGGGAAAUACGUCAUUCCUUAUUAAUCUUUGGGAGACAAGCCUUAUUAUUAUUAUUAUUAUAGUAUAUGUUUACGAAUGGAAAUUUAUGUCCAUUGUAUUUUGUUCAUUGGCUACAAAUAUUAUAUUUUUUAAAUUAAGAUAUGGGUGUAAUAAAUGGAAAUAUAUCUAG